AUGCUUAAUUUUACAGGACAAACGAGGAAGAGGAAUGUAAACUUAGGGAGGAAGCAACAGACUACUAAGAAGGAGAUUUUACAAAGAGCUAAAUUGGAGAGAGACAGAAGGGCUGAAGAGAAAAAGCAAGAGGCAUCAGCCGCAUACAUACAGCGUCAGAUCAGAAAGUUUCUAUCUUGCAAGAAAACUGCAUUAUUGAAUUUGACAUCACCUAAAGUAGUUCACUUGGUUCCUCUUCUCGGUUCAAAAUUGCUAAUAUACCUUGGAACUCAUGAGUUAUUACAUAUACUGAACGUAUCAAAACAUUUCCUUACUCAGUUUGGAACAGCAUUGGGAAAUUGGAAGCUUUUGAAUAUCUAUUCUGAUUGCCAUGAUGUGAAUAUUGCGAAUAUGUGCAUUAAUUGCCUGAACAUUGGUAUUCCACUUAUUGAUGGUAUCAUAGAUGCCAAUAUAAAAUUUAUUUCUAGUAAUGAAGUUCUGAGAGGUACAUCAGGUUUGCAUAUAGAUGUCAUUGCACCAGUGCUCUCUGCUUGGAAAGUACAAUUUAGCCAAAACUAUAGACGAGUAUUUGAAAUUACGGAGAGUCAAUGUGUCCAAUUCGAAGAGGUACUUCAUUUUUAUGAAGGAUUGGUAUUGAAUGAUCUAUUGCCCAUGGUAGAGCUCAAUGGUAGUUCUGUACUCUUGGAGAAUAUGAGCUACCUAUAUUCUAAACUUAAGCAUGCUAAUCAACACCUGUAUAAUAUAAUAAGGCAAUGUGUCACAAAUGUGAGGUAUGAACCAGUUAAUAUUAGAAUGCGUGGCUACGUCACAGAGAUAUAUCAGAAAGAUUUUAUCUACUCGUACUUGGACAGCAUAAAUAUACACACCAACUUCAGUUCUGACUUGUUGAAUUUUAUAGAGAACGCGCCUAGUGAAGCUGAAAGGGAUAGUGUAUAUGUUUCAUUACUUUCUAGAGAGAAUUUUGUUGAGAAUCUAUUGAAUAUUUUCUCUAGAUUUCAAGAUCCAGAACAGACAUACUGGGACGACAUCACUCACUACCCGGCAUUCAAAUUACUUUGUCAACUAAUCAAAGUUCAUUUGUGGUUAUCAACAGACCAUGAAUUGUUGUAUAACAGAAAUAGAAUAAAACUGGAGCAAUUAGUACUAUUUACUGAUGGUAUUAAAGAUAUGGUAUUCAACGAUAUGUGGACAAAGCCGACAAAUGAUUCAUUUCUUUAUACAAAUGAGGCACUCCCUUUACUGAAGAUCAUUUAUUUGAGAGAUUCCAGGAUGAAGUUUUGUAAGUCAUCUAAUGGCGAUAAAGAAUACUGGACGGUUUACAAUACAGAUUUCCUGAAGACAGCAAUAUAUAAGCAAAUUCAAGACUAUGAGGAUUAUUACAGAUCUUACAAAGACAAUUACGAUGAUUUAUACGAUUCAGAUGAUGAAGAUAAUAAUGAUAAGGAGAUUAAUGAUAUUAUGAAUCUGAAAGCAAAUUAUCUGGUAAAUAUGGAAGUAAAGCCAAAUAACAUUAAGCAAUUCAGAAAACUUAAAAUUUUGUUAGAAGCUCCAUUUUAUGUUCCCUUUGAACAGAGAGUGGAAAUGUUCUACACUUUAAUAGAGUUAGAUAAGAGACGUCUCAAUUUAGAUGAUGACAGCUCUUUGAUGAUGGAUGUACUAAACGCAUUAGGGCCUUCUCUUUCAAGAAGACAGGCAGUGAAUAUAUCCCGGGAUAAUGUUCUAGAGGAUGCGUAUAGCUCCUUCAAUCCUGCUGGUGAAAGAUUUAAGGGUAAAUUAUCAGUAACUUUUACUAAUGAAUUUGGACCCGAGGCUGGUAUUGAUGGCGGUGGUAUCACAAAAGAGUUCUUGACAAGUGUAACUGAAGAAGGAUUUAAAAAUGAUAAGUAUAAAUUAUUUGACACCAAUCAGAACUAUGAGCUGUAUCCCAGCUCAGAGGUUAAUGCAACAAAAAUGAAAUACUACUAUUUUUUGGGUAAAGUUCUGGGUAAAUGUAUAUAUGACCGUGUGCUUAUUGACAUUCAUUUCACAGAUUUCUUAUUGAAAAAAUUGCUUAAUUCUUCAAAUCACUAUAUAUCCUAUUUCGAUGAUUUGCAGUCUUUGGAUGAAUCAUUAUAUCAAAAUUUAGUGAAAUUAUUAGCUAUGAGUGCUUCUGAUUUGGAAUCGUUAGAAUUACACUUUGAGGUCGAUGACUUAUCAACAGGCAAGAACAGAGUUACCGAGCUAAUUCCAAAUGGUUCAAAAACUGUGGUUACCAAGAACAAUGUCCUUCAGUACCUUGUUCUUAUUGCGGAUUUCAAGCUUAACAGAUCUUUAAACAAGCAAGUAGCGGCUCUGCAUCGUGGGCUGAGUGUGAUGAUUGCACCACAUUGGUUUGAGAUGUUCAACUCCAGCGAGCUGCAAAAGUUAAUCUCUGGGGAAGGUAAGGAUAUAAAUUUAGAAGAUCUGAAAAGCAAUACCAUAUAUGGUGGUUUCAGUGACACCAGUCUAACGAUUCAGUAUUUCUGGCAGAUAUUGGAAGAGUUCGAACCUCAACAAAGGCUAGACCUGCUGAAGUUUGUGACAUCAGUGCCGCAAGCUCCUCUUCAAGGGUUCGGAGCGCUGGAACCUAAAUUUGGUAUAAGGAACUCUGGUCCUGAAAGGGACAGGUUACCAACAGCAGCAACAUGUGUCAACUUACUGAAGUUGCCAGAUUACGCAGACAAAGAAUUACUAAGACAGAAACUGCUCUACGCGAUUAAUGCGGGUGCAGGGUUCGACCUCUCCUAA